UGUAAAAGCACAUACUGGCCUCCAUUGUUCUGUAGUGGCAACAAGGAGUGGAGUGUGCAAUUGGCCCAGCAUACCAAGAUGGAAAUACCGAAGACAGCCGACCAGGGGGUGGAGCUGUUCGGGAUGAAGACUCGCGGCAAGCUGCUGGCUACGGCGAGCGGCCGCGCUGAGGCGGACGGCGGCGACAGCGCCGAGCGGUGGGAGCCGCGAGAGACCGACUGGGGCCGCGUGGUCGCCGCGCUGCACAUUCAGUCCGGCGCCAUCUUGUCGCUCGCCUCCAUCGCCUGGAAGGCCAGCCUUGUUACCUGGCUCUGGGGAGGCCUGCUGACGUGGCUUGGUAUGCUGGGGCUGACGGCGGGCACGCAUCGACUGUGGGCGCACCGCAGCUACGAGGCCUCUGCGCCACUACGAGCUUUCCUCGCUGCCUGCCACACCGCCGCUGGACAGGGCAGCAUCUACACGUGGGUGCUGGAACACCGCAUGCACCACAAGUACCACGGCACUGACGAUGACCCGUUCAACUACCGGCGCGGCUUCCUGUUCUCGCACGUGACCAGCCGCCUGCUCAAGCCACACCCACGCUUUCAGGAGGUCGCCGCCACCAUCGACAUGAGUGACAUCGAGGCCGACUCCAUCGUCAUGUUCCAGCACAGGUACUGGGCGCCGCUGACGCUGCUGCUGGGGGUGGCGCUGCCGCUGUGGCUGCCGCUGCUCGUGUGGGAGGACGUCCCGCUGCCCGCCAUCGUCAUCACGGUGAUGCUACGGCUCGCCGUCCUCUGGCACGUCGCCGGCCUCAUCAACACCGGCGAGCAGAUCUGGUCACUCUCCGUCAAGAAUAAGUACUCGGUGGACUCUAACCUGGUGUUCUUCCUGAACCGGACGCACUGGCCGCAGUACCACUACCUGCUGCCGUGGGACUACCGCACGGGCGAGUUCGGCUCGUACGACGACGACUGCGUGACGACGGCGAUCCGCGUGUGGGCGGCGCUGGGCUGGGCGUGGGGGCUGCGCACGGUGGGCCGCGACGCCGUGCGCCGCGCGCUCGCCGCCUCCGACGACGUCGUCUCCGCGCUCGAGGAGGAGGGUCGCCGCGUCGCCAAGCAGUCGCUCUUCCUGCAGUAGGGCGGCCCGCCUCUGUCCAGGCUGACAAAGGAUGUCAUCAGCGAGGUAGCUGGAGAAUUCACUGGAAACAGCGGACUCGAUUACUGGUUAUCGUCCAAGUGUAUCGAGGCAAUGGUCUGUUUGCUGGUGACCAUCAACAACUUUAGAACCUCUGCUUUUGGCCCCCACGCCCUAACUUUUUUUGUGUAAAACCGUAUUGCCGUCUCUCUCCUUCUGAUUAAGUUAUAAUAAAAAUAUUUUGACCUAGAAUUUUAGAA